GGCAAGGGGCUGCGCCACUUCAGCUUGAAGGUGUGCGAGAAGGUGGAGAGCAAGGGGGACACGACGUAUGAGGAGGUGGCAAAUGAGCUGAUUGCUGACCUGGCGGCCGAGGUGGCGGCAGGCACGGUGGAGCAGCUGCACGACGAGAAGAACAUCAGGCGGCGGGUGUAUGACGCACUGAAUGUGCUGGAGGCGAUCGGCAUGAUCAACAAGAACAAGAAGGCCAUCCAGUGGAAGGGGUGGCCCUCG